ACUAUAAGUGUAUUGCUGUGCUACCACGUGCUGCAAUGGUGUAAAGAUAUGGAAAUCAAGUAAAAAAAGAAGAAACAUCAUAAAAAUAGAGAGAUUGAGAGAAUAUUUUCAGUGUAUUUAGCGUUUUUUCUCCCUCGAUAUUUAAUAUUAAAGCGUCUAUUAAAUAUAUUGAAAUAUUUCAUCAUACCGAUGUGUUUGAACACCUUUAUUUCUCAACUUGCUGUUAUUCAUUUAUUUCUUCCGUGAUAUUGUUGUUGUGUUUUUCAUCAUUAUAUAUUCUUAUUUAAAACGAAUAUAUGAGAAAUAUGGAGAAAGAUUACCAUCCACCCGGAAACUGGUUUACUUCGAUGAGGUUUCUCGUUGCUUUAUUAGGAUUUUUUGGCUUUUUUAAUAUGAAUGCAAUGAGAGGAUCAAUGAGCUUUGCUAUUGUUUGUAUGGUUAAACCAGUUAAUUUAAACGUUACCACUUGGUCGAAUACUACAAAUACGACCUUAUACUGUCCUUGGGCCGUUCGGACGGGUAAUCAUACAAUAGAAGAAUCAUUUAGUAAUGAGUUUGCAUGGUCGAAAGAAAUACAGAGUUUGAUAUUAGGUUCAUUUUUCUGGGGAUACUGCAUAUCUCAAAUACCCGGCGGUUGGUUGGCUGAUUCUAUCGGUGGUCGUAGAAUACUUACCUUCGGUAUACUUCUCGCCUCGUUAUGCACCCUAUUAGCCCCAAUUGCUGCAAGGUUUCAUUAUAUAACUCUCAUUGUUAUAAGAUUUCUAACUGGAUUAGGGUCUGGAGUUUCUUAUCCAGCGAUGCACGCUCUUUGGGGAAAAUGGGCUCCACCUUCGGAAAGAUCGAGAUUAACUUCUAUAAGUUACGCCGGUAGUAUGCUAGGAGUUGUAUUAGUAAUGCCGAUAUCAGCGUCCUUCUGCGACUCGAGAAUAGAUAAUGGAUGGCCAUUAAUAUUCUAUACUUUGGGUGGUUCAAGUUUAUUAUGGAUAAUUCUAUGGCAAUUCUUAGUAAGCGAUACACCGGCGGAAAGUAGGAGAAUCUCUAGAGCGGAGAAGGAUUAUAUAAUAAAAUCGUUGAAAGAUGUAAUAACCUACGAUGAAAAUAAGUUGUCCCAUUUCUGUUCGGUACCCUGGCUAUCAUUUGCUAGUUCGAUGGCUGUCUGGGCAAUAGUUGUUGCAAAUAUAACAUCGGAUUGGGGAAUGUAUACAAUAGAAACAAAUAUGCCUACCUAUUUAGCGGAAGUUUUAAAAUUUGAUGUAAAAUCAAAUGGCUUCUUCUCAGCAAUACCCUAUAUAUACUUUUGGAUUAAUAUCCUAAUUAGCGGUCUAAUUGCCGAUAAACUACGAUCGAAGUGCUUAAGUACCAAAAAUACAAGAAAGCUCUUGAAUACUUUUGGUCAAGCAUGUCUCUGUAUAAGUUUUAUAGCAAUAUCCUUUAUGGAUUGUACAAAUUGGUUGGUGGCUGUAAUAAUGCUGGCCAUUGGAACAGGAGCUAUUGGUUUUUCUUUUAGUGGUUUUUUGGUUAAUCACGUUGAUAUAGCUCCAGCCUAUGCAGGCGCAUUGAUGGGUAUUAGUAAUUCAGUUGCGGCACUAGUAUCUGGUUUUGGCGCACCUUAUGUUAUAGGAAUUUUAACUCCUGAUUCAACCCCCGAACAAUGGAAGACUGUAUUUUUUGUCGCGGCAAGUGUUGUAGCUUUUGGGGUCCUAAUAUAUGGAAUAUUUGCACAAGGAAGUGUUCAAGAAUGGGCUAAACCAAAGUCGAUGAAAGAAAACAAGGAAAUGGUUAAAUUAACAGAAUUAAAUGCUUAA